GUCUUCUCAAACGUCAUUUGUGAUUUAACUGUAGUGCGCUGAACGAUCGUUUGUUACUUACUUACUUGUUGUAAGCGUGUUCUUGUAGCUCAAAUUGAAAAUUGUGGUUUCUGGAAAUUGCAGUGAAGUAAAUAUAACAGACAAAAGUAGCUGUAAUCUGUUAGUGUAAUUUCUAUUAUACAAAAAAGAAUAUAUCAUACUUAAACAUGGUGAAAGAAACUAAAUUUUAUGAUAUUCUCGGAGUUAAACCCAACUGCACAUCAGAUGAGCUUAAGAAAGCAUACAGGAAAUUAGCACUUAAAUAUCAUCCUGACAAGAAUCCAAGUGAAGGAGAGAAGUUCAAACAAAUUUCUCAAGCUUAUGAGGUCCUAUCUAAUGCAGAUAAAAGAAGGAUUUAUGACCAAGGUGGUGAACAAGCUUUAAAGGAAGGUGGAGCAGAUGCGAGUGGGUUCUCAUCUCCCAUGGAUCUCUUUGAUAUGUUCUUUGGUGGUGGCUUCAGUGGUGGCAGAAAACAUGGCAGGGAUCGUAAGGGCAAGGACAUUAUCCAUCAAUUAUCUGUUACCCUAGAAGAGCUCUAUCGAGGUGCUGUGAGAAAAUUAGCAUUACAGAAGAAUGUUAUUUGUGACAAGUGUGAAGGUAGAGGUGGAAAAAAGGGUGCUAUGCAAACUUGUAUGACUUGCCGAGGCAGUGGUAUGCAGGUUCAGAUUCAACAGUUGGGCCCGGGAAUGAUUCAACAGAUUCAGUCUGUGUGCCCCGAGUGUAAAGGUCAGAGGGAGAUUAUUGAUCCCAAGGACCGCUGCAAAAUAUGCCAAGGUCGCAAAACAGUUCGCGAUCGCAAGAUCAUCGAAGUUCACAUAGACAAGGGCAUGACAGACGGACAGAAGAUCAUAUUCAGUGGGGAGGGUGAUCAGGAACCUGACUUGGAGCCGGGGGAUCUCAUCAUUGAUCUUGAUGAGAAGGAACAUGAGGUAUUCAAACGUUCGGGCAACAAUCUCAUAAUAAGGCUCAACAUCGAACUGGUGGAGUCUCUGUGCGGUUUCCAGAAGGUUAUCCGUACCCUGGAUGAUCGGGAUCUGGUGAUCACCGUACUGCCUGGAGAGGUGACCAAGCAUGGAGAUGUCAAGUGUGUUCUUAAUGAAGGUAUGCCAAUGUAUAAGAAUCCGUUUGAGAAGGGUCAGCUGAUUAUUCAGUUCAUGGUCAACUUUCCGGCCACUCUUCCACAUGAAGUCAUCCCCGCAUUGGAAAACUGCCUGCCACCAAGACCGAGGGUGGACAUCCCCGAGCUGGCGGAGGAGUGCGUGUUGUCGGACCUGGACCCGCCCAGCAUGCGGCGCCGACAACACGCGCCCGCAUACGACGAGGACGAGGACCACCCCGGCAUGAACCGCGUGCAGUGCGCCACCAGCUAGGUGAUCACGUCCCACACUCUAGCCCAUAUUACACAUUCAAAUGAACUUGUUAACGACUUAAACCGCACCGGACUCAGAGAUCUUCAUCAUUAAUAUGCCUAUAUAGACUAUAGGCCGUUCCCAAUGUAAUAUCUACAGAUAGAGAUAAAUUACUACCCUCUACUGUCAUUAAUCUGAAGCUGUCCCAAUAUACGCGAUAAGUCAUUCUUAUCGCCUUAUUUUGAGACGCGUGAAUUGCAAUUUCCAUAAAAACUUCUGAAAAUUUAUUGAAUUAGGCGUUACUUUGCGGAAAUCCAUAAUUAUACAAAUGAUUUAUGUUUUCUUUAGUGUUAAUUCUGCCAAUAUAUUGGCUAUAUUGGCGAAAUUAACACUGAAGAAAACUUAAAUCAUUUGUAUAAAAACUUCUAUCGCUGGUAAGCUAUACGUCGUCCCAUUGACAGACGGCGUGUACGGAUAGGGUGAGUUACCAUCGAUAUGUUUAUUGGGACAGAAAAGUCAACGAUUUUUAUCACAAGUAAGCGAUAGACUGAAUAUUGGGAACGGCCGUAUGACAUCUAUGAAAACGUCGAAAAAAUAGAGUUAACCUGUAAUGAGGCUAGAACACACUAACACAAAGUGUCAUACAAAUCGCAAGCGUAAUACGUAGCUUGUCACACACACUAAAGUAUUAAACCUGGCCCGUUUUCAUUGGUUAUUUAACAGCAAAAGACUAUCUAGAUGUUUGAACUGUUUUUCCAAAACGUGUAGCAGUAAUUUCUAAAUAAUAAAAAUGCGUCAAUAAUAGAAUUAUUUCAGUUAAGUUAGUAUGACUUAGAUAAAUUAUUUUGUUGAGCUUUUGCAUCAUUAUGUUCGAAUACAUGCAUUGAAGUAAAACUGUAUUAAAAAUUCUCUAACCAAAUCAACUUUGAAUUUGUGGUCAGACUUUUUACGUUUAGCUAAAAACUUAUAUA